AUGGCUGAUGAAUACGAUCCUAUCCAAGCCGCUGAGCUAAAGAAGAAGAGAGCCUUCAAGAAGUUUUCAUACCGCGGAAUAGAUCUCGAACAACUCCUAGACCUCUCCUCCGAUCAACUACGGGAUGUUGUUCACGCGCGUGCCCGUCGUCGCUUCAACAGGGGUCUGAAGCGCAAACCUAUGGGUCUUGUCAAGAAACUUCGUAAGGCUAAGCAUGAAGCCAAGCCAAAUGAAAAACCCAGCCUUGUAAAGACGCACUUACGAGAUAUGAUUGUUGUCCCUGAAAUGAUUGGUUCUGUCAUUGGAGUUUAUUCUGGUAAAGAGUUCAAUCAAGUCGAUAUCAAACCAGAAAUGGUUGGCCACUACCUCGGAGAAUUCUCCAUCUCAUACCGGCCUGUUAAGCACGGAAGACCUGGUAUCGGAGCAACACAUUCUUCGCGUUUUAUCCCUCUUAAGUAG